AUGACCACGAGCGAUCGGUCGCGGUCGAGCGCGGACGCGGAGAACGAGGCUCCGGAGGAGCGACCGACGCCGCACAACGCGCACGCGCACGAAGACGGGUACCGGUGGCGGAAGUACGGACAAAAGAACAUCAAGGGGUCCCGACACCCGCGGUCAUAUUAUAGAUGCACCGAGCGCGGGUGCCCGGCGAGGAAGAAGACGGAGCUCGCGAGCGACGACGAGAGCGAUGAGGACGAGGGAGAUCGGAUGCGAGUGACAUACGAGGGGGUCCACACGCAUCCCAAACCGUCGCGCGGGCGAGGGCCGAGUAUGCUGAUGUCGAUGGAGCCGCUUUGCAUCGCGGCGACGCCGGAGCGGGCAACGAGCGGGACGUCCUCGGGAACCGUAUUCGGACGACGACGAGGGCGGGAAGAGGGGCAAACGGAGCGCGAAAAGCGAAAGUUUCACGAGUUCUCAAUCAAGAGCGAAUCACUCGAGACGCCGAAGAAACGAAGAAAGGAAUCACCAGCCGCGAAGACGACACCGCGAUCAAGGACGACACCGCAAUCCAAGACCCCACCGAGACAGACGCCCAGUCGACCGAACCGCUCACGUGCGUCCGGCAGUCGCUCUCGCCAGCGCGAGCGCCGGGAGUCUUCGUGUAGCGCUCAAAACGCCGGAAGAUCGAGCUCUUAUCGCGCCAAGAAGCCGAUGAAGCAGCCAGUGAAUCCGACGCUGAUGAGCGACAUGAUGACAUGCUUCAACGAGUACGUCACGAACAGCGAGCAGUGGACUGCAAACGGGCAUAUCGGAGGCCACGUCGCCCCGUUCAAGUCCUCCGCGCUAGAGUACGAACACCAUCGACGGCCCGUGGUCCCGCCGCCACCGCAGGAGCGCUCUUUAUCGGACCGUCUCUUUGAUUGGCUUCCCCUCUCGCCACUCUCGCCGACGUGGCCGUCUUGGCCCUUCGGCGACGCCGACCUUGAGGCCAAGCUCCUCAGAUCGACCCCAGCGAGAGAGAAUCAAGCCGUAGAGUACAACCAUGAUCACCGUGGCAACGUUUGCUCGUCCGGUCUCCGACGCGAACGCUCUUUCGAGGACCUCCGUCCCCCAGCGCUCACCGUCGCCGACGAACCUACGGCGCUCACCCACGACGAGCGCCGUCCCGACUGGUCCCUCGGCGAGUAUCUCCGCUCGCCCUUCGAGUCCAUCAUCUCAAGCACUCCACUUCUCGCGACGCUCACGAAAACCAUGCGCUCGUGGUGCGAGUCCCCAUCCGCGGCCGCUCAAGCGCUCUCUCCUCUGGGCCAGGGCAGAGAUUUCGCUCGUCCGCCGGGCUUCGUCGCUCGAAGACGCGCGCGAUCCGAGACCUUACACCCGGACUCGCUGUACACCGCCUCACUCCGCUCGCCAUUUCGCGCUUUUUAG